AUGCAGGAAGAUCAGCCUCUCCGUGUGGCAAUCAUAGGAGGCGGCAUAGCCGGGGCCUGCCUGAUGCACGCAUUAACCAAGCACAAGCACCUAGACGCCCACAUCUACGAAGCAGCCCCGACCCUCAAAGAAGCCGGCUACGCCGUCGGCGUCGCGAAGAACGCAUUCCAAGCACUGUCUCUCAUCGGACCCACGGCCGUAGACGCCCUUACACGAGCGGGUGCCGUCAAGCAGAAUCGAAACACCUGGAUGCUGGGGGAAGGCCCAGAUGCAGGGCAAGAGAUUGACUCGAUCGACUUCGGCCUAGGCGACCGGAUCGUCAGAGUCGCGCAGAGGGCCGAUUUCUUGCGCGAACUGCUGAAAGACGUCGCCCCUGAGAGGAUGCAUGUCAACAAGAAGCUGGUCCGAAUCGAGCAGCACACUGGGGAUGAAUGGCCCGUGACCUUGACGUUCGCUGACGGGAGUACGAAGGUCGCCAACGUCGUCAUUGGCGCCGAUGGCAUCCAUAGCUACGUCCGCAGGUACAUCCUCGGCGAGGACGACCCAGCCGCGAAGCCCAGGUUGACUCCCUGGUAUAACCUCUGGACGAUGCUGCCCUACGAGCAAGCCCGCGCCACGAUCGGUCCGGAUCUGAUCGACAAGGACGAUCUGGGGCAGUACAUGUGGUGGGGCGAUGGCACGUACAUGAUGCACACGAUUUCCGACAACGGGCGCAAGGUGCAGUUCCUCGCGUGUGCCAUGGACCCAACUCUCGAGGGGGCUACGGAAGUCGACCGGACGAAGGGCGUGGAUAAGGAGGCGGAGAAAGAGAGGUUUCGGAAUUGGCCUCCGAAUUUGUACAAAGCCGUCGUAGACUUCCUCGACUCCACCCCCUCCCCCAAACCCCUCCACCUCUGGGAACACCCGCACGCGCACACCUACAUCCGAGGCCCCCUCGCCCUAACCGGCGACGCCGCCCACGGCACCACCCCCUGGCAAGGCUCCGGCGGCGGCAUGGCCGUCGAAGACGCGCCGAUCCUCUCCGCCCUCCUCGGCACCACCCACACCCCCCGCGAAGCGCGCCUCGCGCUGCAAGUUUACGACGAGGUCCGCCGGCCGCGCACGCAGGCGAUCGUGGACUCGAGUCGUGCGGUGGGGAUGUUGUCCACGGGGCAGGAUGCGGGGUUUGGAUUGAGUGGGGAGAAGUUGAGGGGGAAGGUGGUGGGGAGGUGGGAUUUUAUUGCGUUUUGGGAUUGUGAGGGGGCGAGGGAUGGGGCGGUGAGGAGUUUGGAGGGGAGGUUGGAGGGGGAGAGGAUGGGGGGAUAG